AUGGCGGAGGCCGACGGUCCCACGCAGCUGCUGGAGGUGUGCGGGCAGAGGCUGUCCCGGUUCCUCCAUAACGCCAAGCACAAGCACUUGGCCUGGCUGCGCGAGGCGGAGGAGCAGGGCCUGCGGAUGCUGGAGAGCAACUUUGGGGCUGAGCCUGAAUUAAUGUCCAAAACACCAUCACAGAGGAGGCAUCCCAAGAAAAGGCGGUCCUCCUGCCUGAAAGACGAAAAUAAGGAGCCAAACAGGAGGAGGUUGUCCAGAAGGAGAAGUGGCGUCAAGCCAGUGUCUUCCAAGCCAAGUUCCCAAAAGCGCGACAGCAAAGAGCAACCCCGGAACCUUGGCUGUCAGGGGGAAGAGGUGUCCGUGCCUGACUGUGCGAUGAGGUCUCAGGCCAGUGUUAGAACCGAGCUCCCCGCACUGGCUGGGAAAGGGCCAGCAGAGGGUCCCGUGGCGCAGGUGGAUUGUCAGGACUGCCCGCAGGGUCCCGGUAGCAGUGACACCGCCUGUAAGGCUGUUACGGGGGAGCGAUUGCCCAAGGGGGACGCAGCCACUGAGCUGCAUGACAUGUCUUCUGUCACCGCCGUCCCUGGUGGCCAGACAGCAAGCGAGGGGGAGGAGGCGGCCCCCAAAAGAAGAACAAGUACCUCCACUCCCAAGGCUGCUAGAAAUGGAGAUCCUGCUGUGCUCCAAGGAGAUCAGCCUCCUCAAGGCCUCAAAAAGGUGCUUUGCCAGGACUCUGACUGCAAAAUGACUACAGUGAGUUCCAAAAUGCGCUGUUGCUCUGGACGCCGGAGCCUUGUGGGAGGCUCCAACAAAAACCAUAGGACCUCCUUGGCAGAAAAAUAUUCGCUGGCCCGCAAAAGGGAGAGCAUGAUCCGGAGGUCUAUCAGCAGGGCCAUUUCGAAGAAGGCAGCAUCUCGAGAAUCAUCCUCUGCCUCCAGCAGAGUGAGCUGUCAAAGCUCCUUGGAGGUUUUUGUGGAAGAAGAGGCGACCAGCAGCGUGAGACCUGGACUGGAACUGAAUCCCCCAAGUGAAAAGACUGCUGAAGAUGUCCUCAUUUCAAGCAAAAGUACAGAAGCUGCCAGCCCUCCUGCACAGCGCUUGCCUCCUCCUGAGCAACAGGCAGGGAACAGCGAAGGGAGCUGUGUAAAUCCAAACGGCGGACCCCAGAACAAGAACCAGGAACAACCCCACUGUGCCAAGUCCCAGGAGAAUCCCCCACGCAUCUGGACAAGAAGCUACAAACAAGCAAUGGGCGUGAUGUGGAACGGGCAGCAGCCAGGGCGUCAGGCCCUUUUCCCUUUGGAUGAGAAGCACAAGAGUUCAGCAAACCAGACUCCAGCUUCUUCCUCUCCAGCUAGCAAGGUUGUUAGACCAUUGAAAAACUUCCUGCAGGCUGUGCAGCGAAACCAGCUGCUCGCGAGCCCGGGGCCCACAGGACGUGGGGGUGUCAUAAAGAACUUCAUCAAACGCAAUACUCCCACCCGACCUGAUCUUAAGGAGAAGGAGCGGCAGAGACUGGAAAGCCUCAGGAAGAAGCAGGAGGCUGAGGAACAGAGGAAAAAGAAAGUGGAGGAGGAGAAGAGACGGCGGCAGGCAGAAAUGAAGCAGAAGAGGGAAGAGCGCCUGAGGAAGGCGCUGCAGGCUCGGGAGCGGGUGGAACAAAUGGAAGAAGAGAAGAAAAAGCGGAUGGAGCAGAAGAUCUUACAGAACGAUGAUAAGGUGCGCCUCUCACAAGGGCGGGAAGAGAAAGCGGCAGAGGAGUGGAGCAGGAAAAAACUGUCGAAGAAGCACGGGGAAGCUGAUGCACAGAAGCAGAAAGUGCCGAGGGUGGAGGAAGAUGAAUUUGAGCAGCAGGAACCACUGCAGAAAGGGAGAGAGGAUGAAGGAAAGGGAAAAGGAAAGAAAGUCUUGGAACUGAAGAACCUUGUAGAGCAGCAACAGGUGGAACAAGUGAAGGAGAGGUAUUGGUCUGUCUCUAAGCCCCCCCACGCACAGCCGGAGUCAGCAGCAUUUACUGAAAAACACUUAAAGGAGGAAGAUGGUCUGCAGGAGCCCCGGCAGCAGCUGAGAGAGAAGAAAAUCAAGCAACCAGAAGCACUGACUCCUGCCUCUGGCACAUGGCUGAGCAAAGCUGUAAAGAAACCUCUCUCCCCAUCCUGCUCAGUGACCCCGAAGGGCACAGAGGAGUCCAGAUCCCCGAAGGUAAAUGAAAAUGACUACGGGAUGGAUCUGAGCAGUGAUGACUCCACAGAUGACGAGAAUGAGCCUCGGAAGCCUGUCCCUGCCUGGGCUGAUGGGUCUCAGCUUAAUCAAGCCAUUUCGCACCAAUACUAUCACUUGGUGAACGCUGACCAAAUCUUUGGGCUAAUUCCAAGACCUAAGCUGGAGGAUAUUUUUGGCAAGAGCAAGCCUCGGUACUUCAAGCGCACGAGCUCAGCGGUUUGGCAUUCCCCGCCUGGGACCCAAUCUACCUGUGGCCCAUCUUGCAACUUCAAAUGCUGA